GCAAUAAAGCACGCACACCCGAUACACGAUACACGAGCAGCAACACAGGGAAAAGGUAAAAAAAAUAGAAAUAAAAGACCCAGGGCCUGGGCCUUUUUUAACUCAUUUUUUUUAUUCCACGGUUAUUCCUAAAUUCUCUUCUCUUGUUGAUUGUGUCUGUGUGUGAAAAGUUUUGACUGAACUUUUGAUGAUAAUUAAAAAUGUUAUUCCUUCCACAUUCAUAUCUAACCCCAAACUAUCUGCAUGGCGCAUGGUGCGUGGUGCAUGGUGAAGCAUAUAUACAUUAUAUAUAUGUUAAUAAUAUUAUAUAUUAUAUACACACAUAUAAUCUCCUUUUCAUGUGCGGAUUCCAUGGCUCUCCUCCACUAUUGCUCAUUUUUAAUAUUUAUUUUGCUAUACUCUGAUGAACACUGCCUGUGCAUGCCUGUGCAUCCCCACAUACACACACACAAAUGCG